AUGUCUGAAGACCAUAUUCCAGCAUGGAAGAGAAUCUUAAGUAAGAAACACGAUAUUUCGAUUAAUUCUAGCGCAACUACAGAAGAUCCCUUGAAUGUUACCACACAUUUAGCCACUGGAUCUUUAACAAGAAAGGAGAAGAAACAAAUUAUUAAUAAAAAUGGUCAGAAUACAAAAUCAAAGGUCAACAAGAUUAUUAAGAAAGCUAGAAAAGAUGCUAGUAAAAAAAGAAAGGAUAAAUUGCCAAAGGAGGAAAGGCAGUUAAGAAGGAACAGAGUGUUAAAGGAUCAACUACGUUAUUUGAUUGAAUUUUACAGGUUUAAGCAGGACAAAAAAUUGCCUGAAACGUUGUACACUUUAGAAUCUGUGAAGGUAAAUUACCCAGAAGAUAUGGAUAAAGAUGUAGAUGAAAGUAAAGAUGUUAUCAACAUUUGGAAAUUUUCUAAACAAAAACAAAAUUGGUUACUCAAAAACAUUUUAAAUUUUGAUGAUGUUCCAAUCCAAUAUGAUGAUUUACUUGUAGCGUAUUUCCAAGAUAUACAGGGAAGAGCAAGAACUGAGUUAUUAGAUAAAUGUCGUAGUGUCUUAGAGGAAUGGAAUAACUAUGCAACUGAACAAGAAGAAAAGAUAAAAGCUUUGGUCGAAGGAAAUAAUGAAGAGACAGAUCAAGAGAAAAAGAACGACAAUGAAAGUUCUGAAAUAGAAGACGAAAAUAAAGAUGAAGAGAAAAAGAAGGAGAAGGAGAAAGAGAAAGACGAGUUGGAAACUAAGGAAGAACUUCCAAUGCCUAGGAAAGAACGAGUAGCAAGGUGUUAUAAGCUUGUUACGGGGAUUGUCAAAAAGGAUGAAAAUUUAGAUCUUGCAUCAUUUGUAAUAAAAAAUUUCCAACUUGAUUAA